AUGGUCGAAGCGACGGCCUCACCAGCCUCAUCACUUCUGGCUCUUCUGCUAGUGGUCAAGUCGUCGCGGGGUGCGAACGUGGUGUACCAGUAUCCGCCCUCUCCGCGCGCGGUCAAGCGCACGUCCAAGCCGAUCUACCACUCGUCCCGCCCGAGUACGACCACGACGGUCAACACCCGUCAAUCGGGUUACUCUUCCGAUGAGGAUGAAUCGUCGAUCUCGCCGAGCGAUACCAGUUCGGGCGACGAGGACGACGAGGACGACAGCGACGACGAGGCGCGCUUCGUCGACGACCUCGACCAGACCGAACGCGCAAAGGGGCAGCAAUACCUCGGAUUCCCCUCGACCGUACUGGCCUCCUUGUUGAGUCCCAGUCGAGAGCUGUGCGAUCAGCCGUUCGAGCUCGUCGUCGAUCAUCUCGCCUUCGUGGGCCACCCCGUUUGGCUCGGUGACGACGAGCCUUCGGUAGGGCUAAAUAGGGGCCCAGCAGGAGGUCGAGCCCAGCACAGAGGUGGUGUACAUGGUGACGGGAGUGACUCGGACUCUGAGGAGGACGAUGGCGAGAGAAGAGGGCGUACCCGGAGACGACCCCCGCCACCGAACCAAGGUCCCUUUGCCAAUCUCUCGGGUGACUUUUCUCGCUUCUCGUCGGAAGAAUUGGGCUCAGGUUCCGGCUCUCUCGCUUCAAAUCCGGCAACACCUCCUGCGCGCCCCAUGCCAAUGAUGCGCAAUUCUUCAUCGACAUCGACGGUGCAUCCCCUGUCUUCAUUCGCCUCGUCGGACCAGUCGGCGACAGGAAUUCACGGCACCGGUCGAUUGCUGGCCUUCAACUUUGUGUGUGUCAUCGACACCCCGCCCGACUCGCAUCUCAGCUCGCACCUCGAGGGCUACUACAAGGACGUGAUCAUUCCCGUAACGGCGAACGUCAAGGCUCUGGAGAGACAGGAACAGUGGCUCGGCAAGGAGUCAUUCAAAUUAUUAAAGGCGAUCGAAAAGGCGCAUGAUCAGGGUCAGCUGGCUUACGAUCCUACUCGAUGAUCAAUAUCGCGGAAGCUGACAAUCUUCGUGGGUUUUAGGCAUUCGAAAUCGCGAGAUACCUGCCUCGGUGGCCCCCAUUUCGUCUCUGGCCAGGGCUCUGAAUCACCUUUUUGAGGCGCUUAAGGCCGAUCAGCUCGCCAACAUCCAGCUCGGACCCCUCCCCGUUCAGGUCCUGUUCCGUGGCGAAGUUCCCAUCGAAGAAGAGUACGACACAUUUUACGCCGAGCGCCAGGAAGUGCACCUCAAGGAUCUCGGACCGGGGGAAAUCGGUGGUGGGCCUGAACGAAGGGAUCGGCACGACGACCCCAUCGACGCAUCCGAGGCGGCUCGAGCCAGGAGCGUCAGUCCGACCCCACCCGCGGAAGCGUUCCGUAAUCACCAGCCACCGCCUUUAUUUUCCCGCAUGAGAAGAAGACCUCUGAUCCGCUUCCAGCCUUGGGAAACGUUCCUCCCCCUCGAGGAUCCUGACGAGUUGCGUCAAAACGUCCAACCCGACACGCUGCUUUCCAAAUUCCUCGAGUUUUGCUCACCGAAUCUCUCCUUCGCCGAAUACGCGACCUUGUUGGAUAUUGAUGCCGACGCCGACGAUGGGGCCUUACGGGACGUUGUACAACAUCUCGUUUAUUGGCGAAAGGGCAAGAUCAUCGACAUCGUCUCGCUCAAAGGCGUCUAUACCGCUUCGUCGACGAUCCCUCUCGCCUCUCUAGCCCAGUUAACUUUUGACUUUGGGACCCAGUUCCAGGAUUUGCCCAGCCUCCCCGUACUCUUGUCAAAGCUGUCACCCAGCGAACCAUUCAGUUCGGUCAUCCCACCGGAUUCGAGGUCCCUCCGAACCACGUACUACAACGCCCUUCUGUUUCUACUGCGCAACAACCUCGUCGAGAAACAACGUACUUUCGUUCGGCUGAUCGCGUCGGAAGCGAUCAAGAAAGAAGCGCUGAGGCGAUGGGGCGCGACGAACGCUUCUUCGAUGGACGGAUCGAGUCAUCUUAGUGGUGGAGGGGAGAGUGUCGGGAUGAGGAGGUUGAGUAUGAUGGGGUCGUCACCCCUGGGCAGUGGGACGAGGUUAUCGGAAAUGUCGACGAGUGUCGGAGCGGCUCGAUCGAGAGCGAUGAGUAGCGUUUCGGUCGGGGACGAGGAGGAGAGAUCUCGAUUUCUCGCGGAUGGAAGUGGGAGUGGUAUGUCGAUUCCUCAUCGAGGAUCCUUGUCCAGUGGAAGUCAUGCGCCCCAGUCCCCACCAGCGAUGAUGAACCUCCUUUCGCGCUCCUCGGGAAGUCGCUCGGGGUUCCAUCUCGGCAUUCAAGGACCGCACAAACGAACGACGACGGGCAAACCUCCUCGUUCUUCGACAGCGUGGUCAUCAUCGAGCGGGAUGCCGGGGGACGUCGAUGAUGGGUCCGAAGUGUUAAAAGGCCCUAGUGUGAUUGUAGAACCGGGGCGUCCGACGAUGUUAGAGAGUCGGUGGAUAGCGGAGAUGACGAGGGACGUCGAGGAGGGGUUGAGGGAGAGGUUUGAAAGGUCAGUCUUACACAUAUGUCCUUUCAACCCGCCUAUGGGGGUUUCGAGCUGAGCAUGCCGUUCAUCUGCUCGCAGGAUGCGCCCCUUCUUGAACGGCUCACACCAUCUCGAUGAAGUGCGGCAUCGCUCCUCGUUGACACGCCGAGACGUGCGCCUGGUCCUGUCAAAGUUCGAACCGUAUCUCAUCGUCUUUACGCACCCGUGA